AUGUUGCCGGCAACCUGUCUUCAGCAUCGGCUGCGGUGCCAAAUUCAGGCCCUAUCUCUACUUUUCUUGUUCCUCGCUCUCGAAAGUGUCACUGCUGUCUCCCAGGAACCGCAGAGCGACUUCUGUCGGAGAUUCUCCCACCAAUCGACCGUGAUUGACGACCGACUAUACAUCGACGGAGGAUACAUCAAUUACCGGAAAGACGAUAAGAACUACGUAGCGACGGAAAAUGAGCCCAAUACCUGGCUCGGAUAUCAUGACCUCAAUAACUUUGGUGGACAAGACGGCUUACUCAACCCCCAGCUGCAUAUAAACCUGGAGAAAAACAGGACCAUGCCCACCGUCGCCGGCGGAAUCCUAUGGCCCGACAGCAUCAACAAGCGCUUCUAUCUCUACGGCGGUAACUGGAUAUCGCCACAGCGGGCAGACGCCUUCACCCUCACAGGCUACGACAUCAUCAACGACCGGUGGGACGACUUUGGCCCUUCGAAGAUCAAGCUCAACGUCACUGCACUCGGUGCUGGCGUUGGCGUAUCGCAGACUGGCAAGGGUUAUUACUACGGAGGCUGGGUCAGCGACAAGUCGAUGGACGGGGGACCCAAGGACGCAGCGAUGGUCUCAGACUUCUACGAGUACAGUUACGACAACAACACGUUCAAGUCGCUAAAGGGCAUAGACGAUCGCCCGAGAGCCGAAGGAGGGAUGAUAUGGAUACCGACCGGCGAUUGGGCCGGCGUGCUGGUGUACAUGGGAGGCGUUGUCGGUGACGGUGGCAAUAAAACCUCUCCCCAGCCCUUGGAUGAGAUAUUCCUUUACGAUGCCACGAUGGAGGUAUGGUACAAACAGAAGACGGAAGGGCAAGUUCCACAGAACAGAGGACAAUUCUGUGCCGACGUCGCCCGGGCGCCCGAUAACUCAAGCUACAACAUUUACCUCUGGGGAGGGAAGGCUGAAUACCCCCCUCUGACGAACGCCUCAGCGUACAGCGACGUCUAUGUCCUCUCCAUGCCCUCGUUCAGGUGGCUCAAAGCCGACCCCGACAUUUCCAUCGCCCCGGCCAACCGUACAGGCUCGAGGGGCCGCUUCGGCUCAUCCUGCAACAUGGUCAACAACAUGUCGCACAUGUUCAUCAUCGGAGGCAACUACCCGAACGAGAGCAACGUUGACUGCGAGCCCGCGUGGGCAGUGCACGGCUUCUGGACAGGCACGGUGAACAACACGGGCAACAACGAGAAGUGGUGGGGGUUCCAGACCAAAGACACCACCGGCAAUGUCGUCCCCUCGCUGGUCUACAGUGCCAUUGGAGGUGACAAGAAUGGCGGCGCGGUGAUCAAAUCGCCCAAGGAUGGCUUCAGUGCGGAGAACAGGCCGCUCUCCAACCUGUUUAGUUCUGCCUGGCCGUCACCCAAUCGCCAGCCGUCCCGCAACGUUCACGGCGAGGCCCCAUCGAGGCUCAGCACCGGGGCCAUUGUCGGCAUCGCCGUUGGCGGCGCCGUGGCCUUGGCCAUCAUCCUGUUCGCCUGGUGGCGACUAGGAAAGAGGGUCCUGCAGCGCCGCGAGGAGAAGCACCGGGCGGAGGUGACGCAGGAGGCCCAGCAGAUGAACCAGAUGCAGCAAGAGGAGCAGCAGAAGCAGCAGACACAGCACAUGUACCAGGACCGCCACUUCCAUUCCGGGCAGUCUCACUACUCAUCCUACUUUGGCAGCGGCAGCGUGGGCACCGUUACCACCCCGCCGUUGAACGAGUCGCACUGGGGCUCGCUGCCUGUCCCUGGGAGUACUGAUCAGCAAUUUCCGGCAGAUGCUACAGAGCUUCCCGCUUCGGACGGCAAUGCCAUCAUAGAGCAUAAACCUUCUGUGUCUCCGGUCAGCCCCCGUAUGUAG